UGGAGUCGGUGGGACCGGGGACCUUGAGAAGGCUGGGGUUGAGGGGUGGGUCCCCAGGGUGACAGGGGUCAGUGGGACAGCGGUCCCCGGAUGGGCAGGGGCCGGUGAGCCCCAGGGUGAGAUGCCCGCUGCUGUGCCCCGGGCAGGGGAAACUGGGGGUCCCAGACAGGGCACACAGGGCAGAGGGGACUGGGACCCCCCACGUGGGGGCUGGGGUCGGUAGGACUGAGAGGUGGGUGUAAGGCCCAGCCAAGGUAUAUGGUGCUAGUGCUGACUCCCAGCAUGGCCAGGAGGCCCUGGAUGGCUGUGCUGCUUUGAAAACUGGUCUCUGGCCACUUGCUCCGGGUAGGGGACAGGCUGCAGGUAGCUCUGUGCUGCCCUGGCCAUGCCCACUGCUGCUGCCAUCCCAUGUUGCCAGCCAUUCCCAUGCCACACUUCCAUGGCCACCACAGCAAUUCCACCCUAUGUUUUUGCUUUCCGUGGGCUUGGUACGUGUCGUGGUUUGAUGUAGUUUGGGUUUUAGUUCCUGGAACUCUCCUCUUACCUGGUCCUCUCACCUUGUUCUUCACCCUGGUGCCAGGGUGGUGUCCUGCUAGAGACUAGAGGAAAGGCAGACACAAAGCAUCCACCUUCCAGGGAGGUGGUGGGGAGAGGGGCUCACACCUGGGAGACAGGGCAGCAGUGAAACCUUGCAGGGUGUAUGACCACACGAGGAUGGUGGCCCUGCUGGGCUGAAUUUGGGUCCCUGGUGUCAGCCUGUGCCACCUCCUGCAGUAAGAGCAUGUCCCCAGCUUGGAUUCUUGUGCUGGAGGGACUCUUCUGCUUAGGUUAGGAAGAUCAGGAAGCUGUCUGAGCUUAGUGUAAAAGAUCCUCUUACUCUGGACAAUAGUGGAAUCAGUGCAGCAUCAAUCAUCAUCUGCAGGGACAUGCCCUGGCCAGAGGUGAUGGGAUGGGGCUGGCAGGGGCUGCUGGGGGCUCUGUGUGGGCACAUACCCUCUGCUCGCCCUGGGCCAUCCCUGCCACCUGCUGCCCUGGCUUACAUCAUCUCAUGCACAAGCUGCUGAAACCAGGGGUGGCAGGGGGUGGCGUGGGUGUAUUGUGUCUUCCUUGGCCGGGAGAUGUGACGUGGUCCUUGUAAUUUCCUCCCAAAUCUCUGGUGUCAGCUGUUUUGCCAGAGCUUUGUGCAAUUUCUUGGCUGCCCCACAUUGCCCCUUGCUAUCACUGUCCUGACCCCUGUUUUACCUCCCGCCAGCCCUUGCUGUGGAGCUGCAGGGUUCUGUGAGCACUGGCCACUGCAGGCUUUAGGGGCUGGGGUCCUGCAGGAGAGAGGACACAGCACUGAGGUUUGGUUGGAGAGUGAUGCUGCAUCUCUACUGGCCCUCAGAGGAGAGCUCUGUGGAAUGAAGAGGACCUGGCUGAUUAGCACGUGGGGGGUGCUGCUCUGGGGACCUGCCCCCCUCAGUCAGGGCUCAGGGCUGGCAGCUGCAGUGGGCCAGGGGAGCUGCCAUGUGUUGCCUUCCUCCAGUGGCUUGUGGACCCCCAUGUGAGGGUGUGAGUGCUUUUGCAGGGUGUGACACUGGUUAGGGACCUGUCCAGUGCCAGGUGAUAAAUGGGUGCUGUGGCAUCAGGGGAGAAGGAAGUGGUUCUGCUCCUACCUGUCCCCUCACAGUCCCCAGCUGGUGCUGCCCUGCGCUGGCAUGUUUGCUCUGGUUGUGACUGUGAUCACUUUUCCCCUAGAUGUGUCCCUGCAGGCAACCAGGAUGUCCCAGCCUUCCCCAUCGCCUCCACCCACCUGGCUGGCAGCAGGGCGUGAGCAGGAUGCAGAUGGGAGCACAGGGAAGCGGCGCUGAGCAGGGGAUAAAGUUUUGGGGUGGCAGCUUCCCGAGCAGGGCUGUGUUUAUGGAUCCGUGGGAUUUGAGUCAAUUGCCUGGCCAGGAUGAGCUGGAGUUUCCUGACGCGGCUCCUGGAGGAGAUCAACAACCACUCGACCUUCGUGGGCAAGAUCUGGCUGACUGUCCUCAUCGUCUUCCGCAUCGUGCUGACCGCUGUGGGCGGAGAGUCCAUCUAUUACGACGAGCAGAGCAAGUUUGUCUGCAACACGCAGCAGCCGGGCUGUGAGAACGUCUGCUACGACGCCUUUGCGCCGCUGUCCCACGUCCGCUUCUGGAUCUUCCAGAUCAUCAUGGUGGCAACGCCGUCGGUGCUCUACCUGGGCUUUGCCAUGCACCGCAUCGCUCGCAUGCCCGAGUCCUCGCGGCGCCGGGCAUCGUCCGCCCGGCGGGCGCGCAUGCCGGUGGUGCGCCGGGGAGCCGGGCGAGACUACGAGGAGGCAGAAGACGACAACGAGGAAGACCCCAUGAUCUUUGAGGAGAUUGAGGUGGAGAAGGAGAAGAGCCCAGAGGGCGGAGAGAAGCACGAUGGCCGGCGCCGUAUCAAGCAGGAUGGGCUGAUGCGUGCCUAUGUGCUGCACUUGCUGUGCCGCUCGGUGCUGGAGAUGGUUUUCCUCUUCGGGCAGUACCUGCUGUACCGCUUUGAGGUGAGCCCCUCCUACGUCUGCAGCCGCAGCCCCUGCCCGCACACCGUCGACUGCUUUGUCUCCCGCCCCACUGAGAAGACCAUCUUCCUCCUCAUCAUGUAUGCCGUCAGCGGGCUUUGCCUCUUCCUCAACCUCUGCGAGCUCUUGCACCUUGGUGUGGGGCGCAUCCGUGAUGCCCUGAGCCAGGCUGAUGGCCCCCCACUCCCCACUGGUGACAGCCCUGCACCACAAUACCCCAAGAAAGCCCCCAGCGCCCCCCCCACCUAUCACUCGCUGAAGAAGGAGCUGCCACAAGCCCCACUGACCAACAGCAAGCUGGACUACCGGGAGAACCUGGCCCAGGGGCGCUUCGCCCUGGCUGGAGCUCCCCCGGUGCACGAGCUGGACCGGCUGCGUGAGCACCUGCGUCUGGCCCAGGAGCACCUGGAGGUGGCCUUCCACCUGCAGCCGCCGCUGCGGCCGCCCAGUCCUGCCCGCAGCAGCAGUCCCGAGGCCAACGGCAUCGCCGCUGAGCAGAACCGCCUCAACCUCGCGCAUGAGAAGGGGACCGCCACCUGUGACAGGACCACGGGGCUGUGAGUGCCACCAGGGACAACAGCAGUGUCUGCUGGAGUGGCUGCCACCGUGGAAUAGGCGUCCUGCCAGGAGCACAGGGCAAAGGAUGCCACACGCCUGCCCAGCGGGGCAGUCCGGGUAGCCCUGUCCCGGUGGGCAGCAGAGGGGUCGGGGGCCGCGGGGUUCAUUCCUACUUAAUUUUCAAAAAGGGAAUAUCUUAUUUUUGUACGUUUUUAUAAACUCAUCAACAUGUGCACCCUGGCAUUUUUUAUACUCCAUCCCAGUCUCCACUCUGGGCCUGUGCCCCCCCAUCUCCUGUUUCACCCCCUUUUCCUCCUCCCACACCCAUUUUUUCCAGCAUGUUGUCCUCACAGCUCCCUGUGCCCCCUAUGCCCUCUGCCACCCACGGCAGCAUCGGCUGGUGCUGUGUAUGUGCUGGUGAUUUUGGUACUGCCCCCUGAGGUGUGGGGGACUUAGGGGAGCAGGCUGGGGGUCUGGCUGGCCAGGCCAAGCUGUGGGACAGAGUGCUGGGCUGGCAUUACUCUUGGAGAGGGUGGGAGGGGUCCUGGUGGCACUGUACUGCCAGAAAGUGACUUUGUGGCUUGGAGGGGCCAUGCUUCGCAGCAUCCUGGCAUGGGGCUAUGAGUUGCGGGGCUGACGUGCUUGGAAAUGUCUGUGCAGAGGUCAGAGGCUGUCCUUCCCACUGCCUCCGCCCUGUCCUGGCAGGCCACCCUUGGACCAAAACUUGUCUCCUCCCACUCUGGCUGCAGGGCUGGGACCCCCCUGCACGGAGCCAGACCCUGACCUCACGAGCUGGGCUCGGCCAGGAGCCAGUGGAGCAUUCCUCAUCAUCUCAGCCUGGGUCACAUGGGGACUUUUGUAGCGUUGUUUUUUACUCAGAAAUGAUUGUCGCUUUGUUUUUCUUUUUUUUUUAAUAUCUAUAUUAGUAAAGGCUGAAGACAUUUUGUACUGAA